CUGCUCAGUUGCAUGCAGUUGAAGCUGAGCUUUAAAACUGAUCACAAUGAAACUGUUUGGAUUAAUUGCACUUGCUGUUUGUGGCGCUCUCUGUGUUGCUGCUGAGCCGCAACAAACCUAUGACGGACGAAAUGGUCCCCAUGUUUUUGGAUCUCCUGGCAAUCAGGUUUAUAUUAGAGGCCAAAAUGAAGGCACCUACAGCGUACCUGGGGUAGGUGGUCAGUUCCAAAACUCCCCUCAACAGGGUGCGCAUGUGUACACCGAUGAACUGGGAAACACUUUUGUAAACCGCAAGAACGCUGGUGGUCCAGCUUCCCACACGGUCAGUGGUCCUAGCUUUUCAGCCCAGAACUUGGGUCCCAGCCAGGGUCAACAAGGAGCUAAGCCCGUCCCACCACGUUCCCGUCGCAGCCCGCAAUUUCACGUAGAGCGCCCGGAUCGCACUGUUGAUUAUGGAGCUGGUGGAUUCAACAUUCAGCGGAGUCGACGUAGUCCCCAGCUCCAUGUGGCACGCCCAGAUCGCACUGUUACCAUUGGUAAUGGUGGUGUCUACGUGCAACGCUACCGACGCAGUCCGCAGUUCCAUGUUGAGCGCCCAGAUCGUACUGUCGAUUUUGGCAAUGGUGGCUUCACCGUUCAGCGUUUCCGUCGUGGCAUCAACGAUGCCCGCGUUCAGGGAGAGAACUUUGUGGCCCGCGACGACCAGGCUGGUAUCUGGGACAACAAUGUUUCUGUCUGGAAACGUCCCGAUGGUCGUACAGUCACAAUCGACAGGAAUGGAAAUGCCAUUGUAUCCGGUCGUGGACGUCCUGCCCAGCACUACUCCUGAAAUGGUUCCAAAUAAAUAAAACCUUAGACUUACAAUAUAAAUAAUUUUGUUUGUACUUAGAUCACAUGAUAUUUGAAUACAAAAAGAUGCCAAAAACUA